AUGAUAAUUGCGAAGCCUCACAGACGGGGAUUGGAAUUUAUUGAGCAGACUGUGAAGGGAUCGAUCAAGAAUGAACGGUUAUGGGGUAAUUUGUGCCUUGGCCGCUCAAAAGUAACCAUAAAAUACGUUUUUAAGUAGGAGGGGUCUGUAUGAUAUGCUUAUUUCACAUUGAACCCGAUAUCCAAUUGAGGAAUAUUCCACAGACAUUGUUUUUUGGUAAAAAUUUGUAAGCUACGGA